GUUAUAAACAGAAAAAUGCAAUUCGUCCUUUUUAUCACUUUUCUUGCUGUAUAUUUCACAAGAAAUGUGUAUGGCAAUAAAUAUUCUAAAGAUUUGAACAAUAACUGGCAUGAAAAUGAGGAGAAUCCAUUUAGAAUGAAGAAAGUAAAUUUACUUUGGGAAAAGGCUAAAAAGAGGCUUGAAGGUCCUAAAAUAGCAGAUCUUUAUGCAGAUUUGAGGAUUCAUGACAAAAUGGAAGGAAAAUUGAAGAAAAUGAAGUUAGAUGAAAUGGAUAAAGAUGGGUUAUAUGAAGCAGAAGUUUUGACAAGAUUUAGAAAUAUUGUGUUUAAAUAUGGUUUAGAAGAUUUUUUCUCCUUAGAGGAUCCAGGAUGGUUUAAUGAAAUUCCUGAAAAUGAUAAAAAAUGGCCAGUUUUCACCGAUAAAAAAUUAGAUAAAAUAUGGAAAAGAGCAUCAUUGUCAGAUUUUUCAGAUGAAGAGAUAGAUAAACUAAGGGAAGAAUUCAGACAUCAACAAAUGAAAAUAGAUGAAUUAAAUACUUUAAAAAGUUAUUUUGAUGAAAAUGAUAUACAUGAACAGAAGAAUGACGAAGCCAAAUAUGCUAUUUUAAAAGAUAAAAAGUCCAAUAUGAAGGAAAUUAAUCAUGCUGUUAAAGAAGGUUAUAUGAAAUUAGAGACUAUGAUGAAAGAUUCCAAUCCAGAUGUAUCAUUUAAAGAUUCUAGAGUGUAUAAGCUUUGGGCUCUCAUUAAGAAAACAAAUUUAUCUGAGGAGGAGUUGCAAUCUUUUAAGGAGGAAUUAAAACAUUUUGAACAUCGAAUAGAAAAACAUGAAUAUAUACAGAAUCAGGUGGAGCUAUCUAAAGUUGCCCUUAACGAGGAAGUUAAAGAUGGAGUUUAUCCACAAACACACUUAGAUUUAGAAGACAAAGCUAAACAUUUUAAACGCAAGGUGAAAAAGAUACACAUUGAUUUAGAAAAUAGAGUAAACAAACUAGUUAACAAACAUACAGAAUUAUAG